UGGGGAAGCCGGGGUCCUCGGCGGAUGAGGUCACUCUUUGUGGUGGCUGCCGUUGGCAAGAUGGCGCCGGUGCUGGCUGAGAAGAAGCUGCUGGCUCCGGAGGGGCCCGGGGCGGCCGAGUUCCCCAGCGAGGAGGAGGAAGGCCAGAGCCUCUGGUUCUCAAUAUUGAGUGAAGUUUCUACCAGAUCGAGAUCUAAAUUACCCUCUGGUAAAAACAUUCUGGUCUUUGGUGAUGAUGGCUCAGGUAAAACAACACUAAUGACUAAAAUACAAGGAGCAGAGCAUGGCAAGAAAGGAAGAGGCCUUGAAUACCUGUACCUGAACAUCCAUGAUGAAGAUAGAGAUGAUCAGACCCGCUGUAAUGUCUGGAUACUUGAUGGGGACUUGUACCAUAAAGGCCUCUUAAAGUUUGCCAUUUCACCAGAAUCGUUGCAAGAGACCCUUGUAAUCUUUGUGGCUGAUAUGUCUAGACCUUGGACUAUUAUGGAAUCCUUACAGAAAUGGGCAAGUGUCUUGCGUGAACAUAUUGAUAAGCUGAAAAUUCCUCCUGAAGAGAUGAGAGACAUGGAACAGCAAUUUGUGAAGGCUUUUCAAGAAUAUGUAGAACCCGAAGAAGGUUAUCAGGGAUCGCCACAGAGAAGAGCUCCAUCAGGACAAGAGGAUGAAAAUGUUACAUUACCACUUGGCGAUAAUGUGCUGACUCACAACCUUGGGAUCCCUGUGAUAGUUGUUUGUACAAAGUGUGAUGCAGUAAGUAUAUUAGAAAAGGAACAUGACUACAGAGAAGAACACUUUGAUUUUAUCCAAUCGCAUAUUCGUAGAUUCUGCUUACAGUAUGGAGCAGCCUUGAUCUAUACAUCAGUUAAGGAGGAAAAAAACCUCGACUUGUUGUAUAAAUACACUGUACAUAAAGCAUACGGCUUUCACUUUACCACUCCUGCCUUAGUGGUAGAAAAAGAUGCAGUUUUCAUACCUGCUGGCUGGGACAACGAAAAGAAAAUUGCAAUUCUACAUGAAAACUUCGCAACGGUUAAACCAGAAGAUGCAUAUGAAGACUUCAUUGUAAAACCACCUGUAAGAAAGUUAGUUCAUGAUAAAGAGCUUGCAGCCGAAGAUGAACAAGUGUUUCUUAUGAAGCAGCAGUCUUACCUUGCCAAGCAGCCAGCCACACCUACAAGGGCUUCUGAAUCUCCUGCACGAGGGCCUUCUGGAUCACCAAGACCCCAGGGUCGACCAGGCCCUGCUACUGUCCCCAGUGCCUCACCAAUAGCAUCGGUUAAGAAACCAGACCCAACUAUUAAAAACAAUGCAGCAAGUGAAGGUGUGCUGGCCAGCUUCUUCAACAGCCUUUUGAGUAAAAAGACUGGUUCUCCUGGGAGCCCUGGUGCAGGAGGAGUACAGAGUACAGCUAAAAAAUCAGGGCAAAAAACUGUUUUGACAAACGUUCAAGAAGAACUGGACAGAAUGACUCGCAAGCCAGACUCUAUGGUAACAGCCAACUCCUCUCCGACAGAAAACGAAGCUUGAUUAUGCUUGAAAGCCGCAUAUGUAAAUGACCAAAUAACUAUGUAUAUUGAUCUGAUAAGACCAGGAGCUCUCUGCUAUGGCAGAUGCUAUAAGUUUUUCUUGGGGCCGGGGGAAAUGAAAUUUAACCUUCAUUGGCUUAUCCCAGUAUCAAGUGCACAUAUGGGAAGUUUUGCAUAUAAAAUUCCUCUGUUUUAAAAUAACCAUUUUAGAAUUUAAAUAGGGCAAUUCUCUUAUUUGUGGUGGCAAACGAAGUGGAGCUGCGGUUUUUAGAGAAGAGCACAGAGAGACAAGAUGCAGAAUUCCUGCUGGAAAGCCCUAGUUACUGCUGGCACUAAGGAAGAAUGAAGUACCCUUUUCCAAGUUUACUGGAGUUGGCCAUUCAGAACAUUGUACUUGGAGAGAAUCUGGUGUAGUCAGCGGUUGGUUAAAUGAAGAAUGUAUAUAAUUCCGCAUUCUUUAAAAAGGGGAAAUGCAAGGUUCUGCUCAGUAGAGUAAAAAGCAUGUUGGAGAGACUGGAGAAAAGCAGUAUUGAAGAUAUAUUAUCAGAUAAUCACGUUUUUUAAAAAAGCCUAUACAGUUGGGGAGUUGCUCAAAACUUACAACACUGAACAUCAUGGGAAUUAUUAUUGCUAUCAAUUGCGUUUUUUGUGUUCUGACAAAGAUACAUAAAAAUAGGAUGGGUGCCCUUUUUGUCAUAACUGACACAGGGAAAGAAACUUGCUUAGACCAAGUGCCUGGCACAGUGAGAGAUGUGUCUUUUAGAAGGUGCUUGAACCUCUUGUGCACUAUAGUACAAACAGUCUCUGUUUGUUUAACUUUAUUUUAAAAUGUGUUAACUUUUGAUAGUCAUGUUUAAUUUUGAAUUGGUUUUUUUUUCCUGAGAGCUUCUGCCUAGGAUUGUUCCUUCACUCCAAAGUAUUCAAACUGCCUGGCCUGUGAAGAAGAUCAGGGGACAUAUCACUUUCCCAUAAUGAAACACAUUACAGAAUACAAAUCAAUAUUAGUUUUGGUAGCUAAAAGUUAACUACAAAGCUAAAAACUGAAUCCUGCCUUAAGGUUUUUAAAAUCUUAUGAUUUUUCUGGUAAACUUCCAAGAAUCUUGUUCCAAGUUGCAGUAAACUAGUAUUUUCAGGUUUACACAGAUAAACAUAGAACUUCAUGGUUUUGUUAUCUUAAUGGUUUACCCCCUCAGUGUAGCUUUUUAAAUGUGGAAAGAAAUCUGAAUGGUUGUCUGUCGUUGGGUUAGUAUUUUUAGCCCCUAAGAUAAACUCUCAGUUACUGAAAUGGCACUUUUGAGUUUCUAUAUUGAGAGAGAAACACUACCUUUGUUAUAGUACUGAACAUGUUUAUAAUCAACAUGCAGAAGGGAAAAAACACGCCGUAUGAAUUAUACAGAGUUUACUUUUAUUGAUGAAGAUUUGUGUGCUAGGGUAUCUUGUUUCUGAAUAGAACACCCCAUUAUAUAUGUAUGUAUAUGUAUAUGUUAAAUAUACAGAAUGAAUUGACCACUAACACAGUACUGGAUGUAAUUGCAAACCCUGUGUUACACAAAGAGGCCAUCUCUUUGCUUUUGUAAGUCUGUCUAACACUAAUUAGAAGGCUGAGAGUAUUUACUUGUAUUAACAUGAAAGCAUGUUCACUUGUGCCAGUUAUGUCUCCUUCCGUUUUUUAAACUUCUUUUUAAUAAAUUUCAACACGUCAGUUACAUCCAGAGUUGCCUAGAUGUUAAACGGAUGAUCUAUGGCCAAGGGAUCUGGUGUGUGAUUUUGCUGCCUGUGACAAUCUGGCACAUGAUUUGCCAGACACACACUAACAAAAACUGUAGCCUUGUACCACCCCAGCAGAUGUGACUUGCAUCCUGACCUUGUGGCUUGCAGCUUUAACUAUACUGUUAGGCAGCUGCCACUUUUGUGCCAUGUAUACACGCGUAGCCAGUUGGCAUGCUGGGAUGAUUGAGUUUACACUGGGUUGUAGCAGAAGGAACUUUACCACCUUCUUCAGUGCUUGCAGAAUGGUGAUGGCAUAGAAGCAGCCUUCUGAUGGGCUGGCCAAUCCAGAGCUGAUUUUGGCUACUUGGAGACUACUUUGGAAGCAAAAUGGGCUCAUCUGGAUCUUGUGAUGGGUUGUGGUUCUAGUGCAAGCCUUGGUACCUAACUGCCUCUUUUUAAUUAAUGUUUUGUCAUUCACACAGAUGAUUCAUACUGAGUACCAGUUCUGUGUAAGUGACACAAAAUGAAUGUUAAAUCCACUACAAAUGAACACAAUCCAACAAUAUACCACUUUUCCAUUGUGCUUGGAUCUAAACAAAUGUUUGAAUCUCCCUCCUUUUUUUCCUUUCUUUUUCUUUUUUUUUUUUUUUGGCAAGUGAAUGCUCCUAGUUUCUCAAAGAAAGAUAAUGUUGUGUUUGCCAAAGUCUAGUAACUUUGAAAAGCUGCACAGUUGUCUUUUUUGGCGUUCUUAAGCAUUGGAACCAAAGGCCAAACUGCAAACAGCCUUUACCUUUUAAAAAUAUAAUUAAUUUCAUUUUCAGGAUACAUUUUUAUGGUAGACUGUUAAAAUUAAUACACAGCUAUAUUUAUAUACGGUAUAGUGAUUGCACCUACUGUUCAUGUUUAAAGUAAUAAUCUAUUGAACUUGAAGAGAAGGCAAAUAUACAGGAUUGGCCCUCCAUCAAAAUGCUAUGGUUAUGCUGCUUGAUAUUUUUUUAAGUUUGCACUUUUUAUUGGCAUUUUAAAACAUGUUUUAAACUGAACAGAAGUUGUUGUAUUUAAUUUAAUUUAACUGCAUUAAAAGUGACUGAACUUAACCAUAUCCAUGCUGUAAAUGAAAGUUCACUCUCUUAUAUUACUAAGUUUAUUGAUGUUUUUAACUUCCAUCGAGGACUGCAAAUAUAUCCAACACAACCCUUAGUCCAGUUGUACAGCUUUAACCAGGUGCAGUUAUGUUGAACCUUGCUUUCUAGUGCUGGCAAAAAAUGAGGACAUGUCUUUAAUUAAUGGCUUCAAUAAAUACCAACCAAGACUGCU